CUUAGCAAGACCCUAUUUCUUUAACAACAACAAAAAAAAGUGUCUUGGCUCCAGCUGAAUCAGAAUGGGGGCUGGGGGUAAGUCAUCUGUACUUUCAACAGGCUCCCCACCCAGGGGUCUCUGAGGCACCACCAGGGCUGGGAGGCUGCUGGUCAGGUCUUUGUUACCUCAAGCUGGUUCCAGGUUUCCUAAUUCCCAGUAGAGCACUAACGACGGUAACAGCUUCCACGAUUUGAACACUGCAAGGCAGGCUAAGUGCUCUCUCUACCAGCGGUGAUGCCAUUUCACGGCUGCAAAGAGGCAGGUGCUGCUAUUAUCCCCAUUCUGCAGACCAGAGUCCCCAGGGAAGGCAGAGGGAAAGUUAAUUGGCUUGGCCAAGGUUACAAAGCUAGUAAGUGGUGGAGCUGGGACUAAAUCUUAAAUAAUAAGAACUUUUAAAUACUAAGAACGGUAGCUAGUCUAUGUGUAAGCUUGGCCAGCGUGCCUGGCACUGUUCCGAGCUCGCUGUUCUAAGACUGGCAUGUACGUGCUCAUUUAAACGUCACAGCAACCCCAAAGCUGGCCACUCUUGCUGUCACCAUUUUUCAGGUGAGGAAACAGAGGCUCUGGGAGCUCUCGCCUGAAGCCACUCGCUGUCCGCUGGGCCGGUGGCGCUCACCCUGCACCGCGCUGCCCUGCCCGGGGCACUAUGGCCUGGGGCUGGACUAUGCCCUCCCCACCUCACCCGGCGCCCCCCACCCACGCGCGCUGAGGGUGCGGUGAGCUGAGCGCGGGGCCAAGCAUGUUCCGGCGUCGACCUCGCCCAGGGGCCCAGGAGGUGGCGCCCAAGGGGCUCCCUGGCGACGGCGACUUCCGACGCAGUAGCGACCCGCGGCUGCCCAAGCUGACCCCGCCUGCGCUCCGAGCGGCCCUGGGCGCGCGGGGCUCCGGGGGCUCGAGAAUCCCGGGGGGCGGCGCCGCGUGGUGGCCGGAAGGGGACGCCGAGCCCGGGGUGGGCUUCGGACGCCUCCCGCCGCCGCGCCUGCCCGCCCUGCUCACUGCGAGCCGGCGGGCGGUGCGGAAGCGGGGGCUGCUGCGGUCUCUGCUGCUACCUCCCCUGCUCUCGGCCGGCGCGUCCCGGGAAUCGGCGCCCAGGAAGCCCGGGCCUGGAGAGCGCGAGCGCCCCCGGAGGGGCGUGGCCAGGGAAGACCCCGAGUUCUUGGGUGCCUUCCUAGGAGAGCUCCUCCCCAGCAGGUUCCGUGAGUUCCUGCAGCAGCUCCAGGAGAAGUGCGCCGAGGAGCCCGAGCCACUGACAUCCCCAGCACAACAUCAAAGUGGUGUGUUAGAGCACUGCCCAGGGUCUCCGCAGUGUCCCAACUGUUCCUUCCUCCCAGACCUGUGGGGCCAGUCAUCGCACCUCCAGGAUAGUCUUACGAAGAUUUCGCUCCAUCAGACACCUACUCUGGGGCCCCUGAAGGGUGAUCACUCACAAUUCACCACUGUCAAAAAGGCCAACCACAGGCCCCACGGUGCACAGGUCCCCAAGCUCAAGGCUGCACUGACCCACAACCCCUCGGGGGAAGGCUCUAAGCCCCGCAAGCGGCGUUGCCCUUUCCGGGUGCGAUUCGCUGAUGAGACCCUGCAGGACACAACGCUCCGCUACUGGGAGCGCAGAUGCUCAGUCCAACAGAGCGUCAUUGUGAACCAGAAGGCUGCCCUGCCAGUGGCGUCGGAGCGGGUGUUUGGGAGUGUCGGAAAACGGCUGGAGAGUUUGCCCAAAGCCCUGUACCCUGAGGCCAAGGAGGAGACCCUGGCCAGCUCCUGGUGCUGGGACUGUGCUGGCCUGUCCACCCAGAAGACACAGGGCUAUCUUUCUGAGGACACCUCCAUGAACAGCAGCGUGCCCUUCUGUUCAGGGAAGAAGGCCACUGCUCAGAGACCGCGAAGCGGCCUCCGAGCCUUCUUGGACCCGUACGGCAACCUGGAGCAGGUGGCCAGCUGGUCCUCUGUCUCACUGCAGUCGGUCCUGAAGCAAGGCCGCCCUAAGGGGUACCAGCUCCUCCUGGCCUCCACAACACUGCAGCCAGAUCAGAGGUGAACACCCGCGAGCCCAAGGCCAGGGACACACAUGGGCCAGGCAAUGAGGAGCGUCCCUCCUUGCCCACAAAUAAAGGCACAUCCCAGGUGGCUGGGACCUGCCAGUAGGUCUCACAC